UCUUUGGAAGUGACAAAGUUCCAGAAUCAGGAAAGAGGACGUCAGAGGUACCGCUCAUGCUAGAUGUUUUGGAGUUCAUGUCAGAGAGGCCAGAUAGAGAUGUCUGGACAUGUCCAGAGGAGAAACAAUGAUUAUAGUUAAGAAGAUGCUGAUGUUGGAGCCACCAGGAAGGAGGCUGUGGGAAGACCAGGAAGUGAAAGAAGACAUAAAGUUAGUCGGUGUGAUUUAAAAAGAUGCAGACGAAGACAACUAAAACAAACAGGUGAUUCACUGUGGCAACAUACGAAGGGAUAUUAUGGAAGAUAAAGUUGUUUUUCAAUUUUUUAGAUAUUUUUUUUUAUUUUUUGCAAAGAUAAGCUUCUUCAAAUUGUCGAAAAUCAUCAAUUUUAUGGGUCGAACUGAAAACCGUUUUAAUAUAAAGGGUGGAGAUAGAAAAUCCAGAUAAACAUAUCUGGAUGAGUUGAGGAUCGCUGUCCAUGAUGCUGAGAAGUUUCCUUUUAAGAAACAGAGUUAGCACAAUAUAAACUACAUGCUAUUGUCAAGCAACAUUCAUUUAAGGGAAGUAUAUUUUUAUUGAAACUUUUGGUUUAGUUUCUAAUUUUAGUUAUUUUAAUUUUAGAAAUAUUGUGCAAGUGUAACUAUUUUUGGCACAAUUCUUUUUCAAAUGAAUAGCAGAUAUUUAGCAAUCAAACAUGUUUUAAACUUAAAUAAUAUUUUUGGUAGUCUAUUGAAUAGAUGUGCUGGAUUUAGGUCACAUGGUGUCAGUAUAACUGUACAAGUAACCAUUGGGUUGCUUUUUGUCUCUGAAUUUUGGUUCAGCCUCUCGUUAGCCUCUCCAGUCUGACGUUGACGCGCAUGUGAGCUUCGGAUGCUCGUUGGACUUGGCCUUUUGUCUUCUUUCAUCGUGAUAAUCUGGUGAUUUUUUUCUACACAUGGAUGACAUGUAAUACUUCUAAUGGACGCAUUCUUAUUUUUGAGUGAGCACCAAUGCGAUCUGGGUUAAUUAUGGAACAAAGAGGAUUCGAGAAGCGGAUGGUUACAGGACGUUUCACCCGGUGUGCGCUCGCUGUGCUUUUGUGGAGUGCAGCAUCGGCACAAUUAAGGUAUUCGAUCUCCGAGGAAGUUAAUGAAGGGGCUGUGGUUGGGAAUAUGGCAAAGGAUCUGGGUUUGGAUAGAAACACUCUGAAAACCAGGAAAUACCGCGUCGUUUCUGGAGGUGCGGAUCCGCUCUUCAGUGUAAACGAAAAUGAUGGCGUCCUUUAUGUGAGCAGAAAGAUCGACAGAGAAGAGGUGUGCGCGCAGAGCAGCGUGUGUUUGAUCGAUCUGAAAACUGUGUUAGAAAACCCGCUAGAGGUGCACAACGUUGGAGUGGAGGUGUUGGAUAUAAACGAUCACGCUCCCAGUUUCCCGGAAAAAGAGAAAACAUUGGAGGUUUCUGAGACAGUUCCAGCCGGAGCUCGUUUUCAGCUGAAACCUGCGAAAGACCCAGACAGCAGUUCUUUCUCCGUGCAGCAGUAUAAACUUAGCCAAAACGACCACUUCCGUUUAGACGUAAAAGAUAAAGGGAAAGAUGGCAAAAUACCAAUUUUAGUUCUACAGAAACCAUUAGACAGAGAAGCAGCGCAAAGCCACUCCUUAGUGUUAACUGCUCUAGAUGGAGGGAAACCUCCCAAAUCAGGGCAGAUGGCUAUUGUAAUAAACGUUCUGGAUGUCAACGAUAACAUACCAAUGUUUUCAAAUGAUGUUUAUUCUGCUACUCUCAUGGAAAAUGCUGUUGUAGGGACAGAAGUUAUACAAGUAAAUGCAACUGAUCUGGAUGAGGGUCAAAAUGCAGAGGUUAUUUAUUCAUUCGGCCACAGUGUAAGCAGCAAUGUUAUAAAUCUUUUUGAUCUUAACGAAUCUACAGGACAAAUAACCGUUAAAGGGCCAAUUGACUAUGAGCUAAAUGACAAAUAUGACAUAGAAAUUCAAGCAUCUGAUAAAGGUCUUGCUCCUCUUACAGCAGAAAAAAAUGUUCUGAUUAAAAUAGUUGAUGUUAAUGAUAAUGCUCCUGAGAUUGAAGUGACCUCAUUUUCUAGCUCCAUCCCUGAAGAUUCCAGACCAGGAACUACUGUUGCUCUGAUCAGUGUAAACGAUCUGGACUCUGGUCUUAAUGGAAAAGUUAUUUGCUCGAUAAAUCAGGAAGUUCAGUUUAGUUUAUCUCCAUCCUUACAAGAUAAAAUGUUUUCAAUUGUCACCAAAUCUCCUUUAGACAGAGAGAAACAGUCUCAUUAUGAUUUGACAAUAACUGCAAAAGAUGCAGGUCAGCCACCAUUAUCAUCUGAAAAGACAAUACAUGUUGUUGUGUCUGAUGUGAAUGACAACAGUCCAGAGUUUUCACUGAGUCCAUAUACUUUCUAUAUCACUGAGGGCAACAACCCAGGAGCCUCAGUGUUUUCUGUGAAAGCCUCUGAUGGUGAUGAAGGAGAUAAGGCAGUCAUCUCUUAUCAUAUUGUCAGAGACAGAGAUGAACACAGUAAAUUAACUUCAUUUCUAAACAUAAACUCAGAAACUGGAGACAUUGUGGCUCUAAAAAGUUUCGACUUUGAAACUGUGAAAACGUUCCAGUUCCAAGUUGUGGCCUCAGACUCUGGAAGUCCGUCCCUGAGCAGCAACGUGACAGUGAACGUCUUCAUUCUGGAUCAGAACGACAACGCUCCAGUCAUCCUGUAUCCAGUCAGCUCGAACGGUUCUGCUGAAGGUGUGGAGGAGGUUCCCCGCAACGUGAACGCAGGACACUUGGUGACUAAAGUCAGAGCCUAUGAUGCUGAUAUAGGAUAUAAUGGCUGGCUGCUGUUCUCACUGCAGGAAGUGACUGACCACAGUCUGUUUGGUUUGGACCGCUACACAGGACAGAUCAGAACACUUCGCUCAUUCACAGAGACAGACGAGGCUGAGCAUAAACUGCUCAUCCUGGUCAAAGACAAUGGCAACGUGUCACUGUCAGCAACAGCUACUGUCAUUGUCAAAGUGGUGGAGCCCAAAGAGGCUUUUGCAGCUUCUGAUGUGAAGAGUUCAGCCAAAGAUGAUGAGGAGACUGAUGUGACUUUUUACCUGAUGAUCACUUUGGGCUCAGUGUCGGUUCUGUUCCUCAUCAGCAUCAUCGUGCUGAUUGCAAUGCAGUGCUCCAAGUCCACAGAAUAUACUUCUAAAUAUCUCCAAGAGGCUAAUUAUGAUGGGACAAUGUGUCACAGCAUCCAGUACAGAUCUGGAGACAAACGCUACAUGUUAGUAGGACCCAGGAUGAGUGUAGGAUCUACUAUAGUACCUGGAAGUCACGCAAACACUCUGGUGCUGCCUGACAGGAGGAACACUUCUGAUGAGGUAAGACAUGCUUUGCAAACAAAUACCUUGCUUGGAUACAAAAUGAAGGUUUUAUUUAUUUAUUUUUUGCUUCUUCAGUUUAAACUUGUUGUAUAAUCGUAUUAGUUUAAAACCACAGAUUCCAACAAGUUGGAUUGUUUCUGUGAUUAAAGGAAGAAAAUUAAAGAACUAGUGUUUUUAUGGGUUUUUUACAAUAUUUGACACAUUGUGUUUGAUAGCAAGACAGAAUGCAUCUGUAUAGGGGCAGAAGUGGAACUGUGAUUUUACAGACAUUAUUAUUUAAAAAGCUGGAUGAAUGUAGGUACUUAUGGUAGAAGGUCCAAAGCAAC